AUGUCGAAGUAUAAUCCUAACGUUUCAGCGUUUGUUCCAAAUAAACAAGUGACUCCAUCAUCAUCAUCAUCUCAAUUAAAACAACAAAAAUUAAAUUCAAAUUUAUCUAGUCAUUCUGCUCCUCCUCCUUCUAAUCAUGUUGGACAAAGUCAUGGUAAUGGAACUGGUAAGAAUAAAAAGAAUAAAUCAAGAGAAUCUAAAGUUGGUGGUGGUAAUAAUAGAAAAUUUAGUUCAAGUUCAAUGGAAAGCAUAAAUUAUGAAGAUUUUGAUUUAAAUUUAGAAGAUCAAGUAAUGUCUGGUAAUUUUAAACCAAAGGGAAGAAGAGGUCAAGUUUCUAUAAAUCAUUUAUUAGAAUUUUCUUUACCAUCACGUGAAGAAAAUAAUCAUAAUCAUACAAGUAUUAGAAAACCAAGAAGAAGAUCAAAUAAUGAUGAUAAAAUUCAUUUAAAAAAUGAUGAAUUUGUUAAUGCAAAUUAUAGAUUCAUUGUUGAUUAUAGAAAUGAUUAUAAUGGACAAAUUUUAGAUCCAAAUUUAAUUUUAUCAAAUAAUUCAAUCUUAAGAGUUAUUGUCCCCAGGGGGAAUUAUUGUCCAAUUUGUUUAACUGAAGAUAUUAUUGCACCAAGAAUGAUUUCAUGUGGUCAUAUCUUAUGUCAUGUUUGUUUAUUAAGUUUCUUAGAUUCUGAACCAAUUCAAUCUAAAAAGCAAUCAAUACCUAAAAAAUAUAAAGAAUGUCCCCUUUGUUCAGAAAUUAUUAAACCAGAUAAUAUUAAACCUGUCUUGAUAAACCCUACAGAUGAAAGAUUUGAAAUCCCCAAAAUUGGUCAAGAUGUUAUAUUAAAAUUAAUGGCAAAACCAAAAGAAAAUAUAUUACCAUUACCAUUUGGAUUAAAUUUAAAUCAUUCCAAAAUUGGUAAUAUCCCAUGGUAUUCUGAUACUGAAUUAUAUCCAUUUGCAAGAAUAAUGAAAGGUGGAUUAAAAUUUAUCAUCGAUAAUUAUGAACAAGAUAAAAUUGGUAUAAUAAAUCAAUAUGAAGAAGAUAAAUUAUUAUAUAAUGAUGAUGGGAAAUAUGUCUUUAGGGCAAUAAAAGAAAUUGAUACAAUGAUUGAAUCUUAUAGAAAAGGUUUUAAUGAUAAUUUUAAUGAACCAAAUCCAUUAGUUAAUUCAAUUGAUUCAUUAUCAAUUAAUGAAAAUAAAAAUGUAUCAAAAUUAAAUGAUUUAAAUUGUUUUUUCUUUUAUCAAACUUCAUUUAAUUCACAAACAAGAUUUUUUUUAUCAUCAUUAGAUAUUAAAGUUUUAUUAAAUAUUUAUGGAUCAUAUGAUAAUUUCCCCUCUACAUUAUUAUUAAAAAUUGAUAAUAUUAAAUAUGGUGAUCAAGUUUCCUUGAAUAAUUUGAAAAAAUUUAAAUAUUUUGGUCAUUUACCAAUAGGUACAGAAUUAGCAUUCAUUGAAAUUAAUUGGCAAAAUAUGUUAUCCCCAGAAAUAAAAUCAAAAUUUGGUAAAGAAUUAAAUGAUCGUUUUAAAAAAAAUUUAAAUAAAUUUAAAAAAGAAGAUUUUAAUAAAAGGAAAGUUGAUGUUGAACAAGAAUUGAAAACUAUUGAUUUUUAUAAAAAUGAAAAUGAAGGUUGGGGGAACUAUGAUUUUAAUUCAGUUGAGAAUUUUGCAACAUUAGAUGAUGAAUCAUUCCCAUUAGGUGAUGAAGAAAAUGAAUUACCAACUAAAGAGAAUGAAUCCACUUCAAAAGAAUUUUUAACAACAGUUUGGGGUACUAAAAUCCCAAAAAAUAAAUCAAAUGAAGAUGAUAAUAAUGAUAAUAUUGAUGAUUUUGAAACUGAAGAAUUAAUUAGAUUAGCAAAAGAAGAAAAUAAUGAAAAAUCAAAUGGUUCUAAAAAAAAGGGAAGAAAAAAGAAAUUAUUAGUUUUAACUUCAUCAAGUGGUCGUGGAUAUUAA